AUGUCAACUGCGUGCAUUUUACUACCAGAAGUGCAAACGGGAGAGCUCCCCAUCCGCGACUCCAACGGCCGCUUCGCGCGCCCCUUCUGCGCGCUGCUCUUCCCGCCGGCUCGAGGCUGGUCCCGCGCGCACUUGCACCCGCGGGCUCCCGCGGGCUCCCGCCCCCCGACCUCGCGCUCGCUUGGCCCCCGCCCGGCUCCCGCGCCCGCCCGCCGCGGCUCGCGCCCCCAGCUCGCGCGCCAGCCCGCCCCGCCCGCGCGCGCCGACUGGACAAAAGGGACGGUUGGAGUUUGCUUCAACGGUACCAGGGGCGCGUGCCCCGCCUGGAUGGUCGGGGGGCGGGUGCAGCGGAGCUGGGGGUGUCUGAGGGAAAGUGCCACGCGGCUGGGCUGGUACAGCUGCAGUGGGUGUGGGCUAGGGAAGGACUGGACCAAGGGGAAAGCGGCGGGCAGCUUCUCUCUGGUGAAGCGAGGAGGUCGCCACCGUGGGAAGAGAAGGGAAAGGAAAUCCUCGUGUCCCAGACUACCAAAUUCUCAGGGCGCGUCAGCUCCCCAGCUACCAAUAAAGAAAAUAAGUAAGGCCGCCCCUGGCAACGCGGAGAGCGGAGUCAAGAGGGAGGACGAGUUGGAGUAUGAAUCUGUGCUGUGUGUAAAGCCGGACGUCAGCGUCUACCGGAUUCCACCCCGGGCCUCCAAACGCGGUUACAGGGCAUCUGACUGGAAAUUAGACCAACCUGAUUGGACCGGUCGUCUCGGAAUUACUUCAAAAGGAAAGAUUGCCUAUAUCAAACUUGAAGAUAAAGUUUCAGGAGAGCUCUUUGCUCAGGCACCAGUAGAACAAUAUCCUGGUAUUGCUGUGGAGACAGUGACAGAUUCUAGCCGCUACUUUGUAAUUCGGAUCCAGGAUGGUACUGGUCGAAGUGCGUUCAUUGGCAUUGGAUUCACAGAUCGGGGAGAUGCCUUUGACUUUAAUGUUUCCUUGCAAGAUCACUUCAAGUGGGUAAAGCAGGAAUCUGAGAUUUCCAAAGAAUCUCAGGAAAUGGAUACUCAUCCCAAGUUGGAUCUAGGCUUCAAGGAAGGACAGACCAUCAAGUUGAGUAUUGGGAACAUUACAACCAAGAAAGGAGCUGCUUCUAAGCCCAGGACUACAGGAGCUGGGGGCCUAAGUUUACUUCCUCCUCCCGCUGGAGGCAAAGUCACUAUUCCCCCACCAUCUUCCUCAGUUGCCAUCAGUAAUCAUAUCACUCCACCACCCAUUCCAAAAUCUAACCAUGGAGGUAGUAAUUCAGAUAUCCUUUUAGAUUUGGAUUCUCCUGUACCUGUCACAACAACAGCACCAGCUCCAGUUUCUGCAAGCAAUGACUUGUGGGGAGACUUUAGUACUGCAUCCAGCUCAGUUCCAAACCAGGCACCACAGCCAUCCAACUGGGUCUAG